AUGAAUAUCCCAAGUCGUCUUAAAAUAAAACUUCGGCAAAGGUCACCCAUAGAGUCGUUGCCUGCCGAGCUGGUACAUAAGAUCUUCUUCCAGUGUCUUGAAUUCAAUUUUCCUCGCGCAUCAAUACACAUUGCCAACACACUAUCAUCGUCGAUAUUAUACACCUGGCUUAUCCGUCUUGCAUUCAGCAGCUGCAACCGCUCAUCAAGGCUCGAUAACAUCUAUGGGGCUCACCAUUUCCUCCCUCUAGAUUUCUUUUACUUCAACCAUCUUGAGAGAGCAAGGAUCCAAACCGAAAUCCUCAAGUGCCGGUGGUUCACGGCAUCGUUGCUUCGGAAAUGCCAGAGAGAAUAUGUUGAGCAUGUUAUCAGACAGAAACGCUCACAUUUUGUGAUAUCUCCAGACGAGAAUCAAGAUAUCCUUUCAAACUUAGAUCAAUAUUGGCAGAAAAUGAAUAGGUUCGAUCCUACACCUGUCGGAAAGCGUGGGAAAGGGGACUUGGUGAUACGAGCUCAUAGCCUGGAAAAUAACCAGCCAUGCAAGAUUGCAAUAUGGUUCGGUUUCGGGGCUUUUCAAAUUCGAGAUCUCAACCCUGUAUUUCAAGAAAUCGACAUUUUUCGUCUCCCAUGUGCUCCUCCUUAUCCAGCAGAGCCAUGCAGAAUGCCAGAUCGGCUACUUACGCCCCCUUGGACGGAAGACAAACUUGAGCUUCUAACCCUUCUCUCGUCAGACGCCUAUAUAGAUGGCGGCUGGCCACCUGACAGAUCAAAGGCGGUACUAAGAAAAGUCAUCGAGGACCGUGAACUCGAUGUCUUUAGAUGUCUAUUGAAUUUACAUAUCUGUGGCAAGCAGUACAGGUACCCAUACCUUUGGCCAGUCAGCCAUAAUCAUUUUAGGAUAGCUGCUAGACACGCGGAGCCAACCCAAGAUCCGUUUUUGCAGCUGCUAUUUGACAGGCGGAAAGACAGUAUUCCUCGAGAAGAUCCGGCUAUCAUGGCAUUGAUGGAAAAAUACUCGGGUACCCGAUCAUAA